AUGCCAGCACGACCCAAGAUCAAGUUCUACUACGACAUCGUCUCCCCAUAUUCAUAUGUGGGAUGGGUCCUCAUACGCCGUCUGCGUCAGGCGUGGGGCGGUUUCGAUCUGGAGCUGGAACCUGUUUUCCUUUCCUUCGUGCUUUCGAACCCCGCCGUGAAAAGUACACCGGCAGCUUUCAAUAAGCUCAAGCUCGCCCACUUGCAUAACGAUGUCCUCAGAUUAACUGCGAUGCACAAGUUCCCGAUGAAGUUUGCGCCUCAUUGGCCUCUUUCGACGCUCAAAGCCCAUCGGAUGCUGCAAGGCAUCAAAAUGCACCCUCAAGCGCCUGAACACUUAGAGAAGAUCACCAACUACCUGUAUGAAGGGCUCUGGACACGCGAUGAAGAUGUAUCGGCGCUCGAAGUUCUGGCAAAGGCUGCGAAAUCCGUCGGGCCGGCGGGCGAAAAGUAUCUCGCGUACAUUGACGACCCGGACGUGAAAGCAGCGCUGGUUGCUGCGUGUUCGGGUGCAGUCGAGAAGGGCGUGAAUGGGACCCCUACGUUUAUCGUGACGCGGGAGGACGGUCAGACACAGACAUUUUUCGGCAGCGACCGUUUUGAUCACAUUGCCUGGUUUUUGGGAAAGCCGUAUCCAAUCCCUCCUAGUGUGAACGCCGCGCCGAAAUUGUAG